AUGGAACGACUUAUGCAUCCACUCCCUCCUCGAUGUAACCAUAACCAUCCAGAUCCGCUUAUACCGCCAAAGAAAGUCAAGUUUAUAGAUAAAGCAAAUGAAUUUACCGGUAUUCCCGACACAAAUGAUGAAAGAUCUAUACCAACAGUUUUUAUUAGACAGAAUCCUUACCGAGUUCUACGAGGAAGGGGAAUUACGAACUCUACAAAAGGGAACUACAAGGACCAGGCAGAAACAGAUUACUUCUUAUCCAACAAGAAAGCAGAACAUAGUAUAUCCAGGUGUAUAGUUCUCGAGGAAAGCUCGGUCAACCACAAUGAUCAUAGGCAUGUACCAGUACUACUAGAAGUAAGACUACAAAUCGACAAAGUUCAAAGAGAGACAGCUGUCCACAUCAAAACAAACUUGGGGAAAUGUGACAAGGAACCCUUUAAAUCCUAUAUCGCCAAAAACCUACAACCCUUAGAAUCACCAGCUAAUGAACUUGAAACGAUAUCUGCUAUACAACACCCAGGAAGAACUCUAACUAGGGCUACAAGCAGAGGUACCCCCAACUAUAAACAUGUGGCUCGGAAGGAAAACUUAGGCUUGUUACACCGAAAGAAGAUCACCGCUUCAACCUUCAACAAAGAAAUGUCCGACGAAAUCAACACAAUCAUUUGCAUCCUCAGCGAUAAGGAUAACAAGAUAUCUCCCGUCAGAGUAGCUGAGAUUCAAAAAGCUAUCGCCAAACUUAAUACUAAGAAGGCUCCAGACAACAUGAGUUUAACAAGUGAACAUUUCAAUGGUCCUCAUGGGGACGUCAGUUACGGGACCAGUCAUGAGGACGUUAGUUACGGGGCCAGUCAUGAGGACGUCAGUUACGGGGUCAGUCAUGGGGACGUCAGUUAUAGGGCCAGUCAUGGGGACGUCAGUUACGGGGCCAGUCAUGAGGACGUCAGUUACGGGGCCAGUCAUGAGGACGUCAGUUAUAGGGCCAGUCAUGGGGACGUCAGUUAUAGGGCCAGUCAUGAUGACGUUAGUUAUAGAGCCAGUCAUGGGGAUGUCAGUUACGGGGCCAGUCAUGAGGACGUCAGUUAUAGGGCCAGUCAUGAUGACGUUAGUUAUAGGGCCAGUCAUGGGGACGUCAGUUACGGGGCCAGUCAUGAGGACGUCAGUUAUAGGGCCAGUCAUGAGGACGUCAGUUAUAGGGCCAGUCAUGAUGACGUUAGUUAUAGGGCCAGUCAUGGGGACGUCAGUUACGGGGCCAGUCAUGAGGACGUCAGUUAUAGGGCCAGUCAUGGGGACGUCAGUUAUAGGGCCAGACAUGGGGACGUCAGUUAUAGGGCAAGUCAUGGGGACAUCAGUUAUAGGGCCAGUCAUGAGGACGUCAGUUAUAGGGCCAGUCAUGAGGACGUCAGUUAUAGGGCCAGUCAUGGGGACGUCAGUUACGGGGCCAGUCAUGAGGACGUCAGUUAUAGGACCAGUCAUGGGGACGUCAGUUACGGGGCCAGUCAUGAGGACGUCAGUUAUAGGGCCAGUCAUGAGGACGUCAGUUAUAGGGCCAGUCAUGGGGACGUCAGUUACGGGGCCAGUCAUGAUGACGUUAGUUACGGGGCCAGUCAUGGGGACGUCAGUUAUAGGGCCAGUCAUGGGGACGUCAGUUACGGGGCCAGUCAUGAGGACGUCAGUUAUAGGACCAGUCAUGGGGACAUCAGUUAUAGGGCCAGUCAUGGGGACGUCAGUUACGGGGCCAGUCAUGGGGACGUCAGUUACGGGGCCAGACAUGAGGACGUCAGUUACGGGGCCAGUCAUGAGGACGUCAGUUACGGGGCCAGACAUGGGGACGUCAGUUACGGGGCCAGUCAUGAGGACGUCAGUUACGGGGCCAGACAUGGGGACGUCAGUUAUAGGGCCAGUCAUGAGGACGUCAGUUAUAGGGCCAGUCAUGAGGACGUCAGUUAUAGGGCCAGUCAUGGGGACGUUAGUUACGGGGUCAGUCAUGGGGACGUCAGUUACGGGGCCAGUCAUGAUGACGUUAGUUACGGGGCCAGUCAUGGGGACGUCAGUUAUAGGGCCAGUCAUGGGGACGUCAGUUACGGGGCCAGUCAUGAGGACGUCAGUUAUAGGGCCAGUCAUGGGGACAUCAGUUAUAGGGCCAGUCAUGAGGACGUCAGUAACGGGGCCAGUCAUGGGGACGUCAGUUAUAGGGCCAGUCAUCAGGACGUCAGUUAUAGGGCCAGUCAUGGGGACAUCAGUUAUAGGGCCAGUCAUGGGGACGUUAGUUACGGGGCCAGUCACGAGGACGUCAGUUACGGGGCCAGUCAUGAGGACGUCAGUUACGGGGCCAGUCAUGAGGACGUCAGUUACGGGGCCAGUCAUGGGGACGUCAGUUACGGGGCCAGUCAUGGGGACGUCAGUUACGGGACCAGUCAUGAGGACGUCAGUUACGGGGCCAGUCAUGAGGACGUCAGUUACGGGGCCAGUCAUGAGGACGUCAGUUAUAGGGCCAGUCACGGGGACAUCAGUUAUAGGGCCAGUCAUGAGGACGUCAGUUACGGGGUCAGCCAUGGGGACGUCAGUUACGGGGCCAGUCAUGGGGACGUCAGUUACGGGGCCAGUCAUGGGGACGUCAGUUACGGGACCAGUCAUGAGGACGUCAGUUACGGGGCCAGUCAUGAGGACGUCAGUUAUAGGGCCAGUCAUGGGGACAUCAGUUAUAGGGCCAGUCAUGAGGACGUCAGUUACGGGGUCAGCCAUGGGGACGUCAGUUACGGGGCCAGUCAUGAGGACGUCAGUUAUAGGGCCAGUCAUGGGGACGUCAGUUACGGGGCCAGUCAUGGGGACAUCAGUUAUGGGGCCAGUCAUGAGGACGUCAGUUACGGGGCCAGACAUGGGGACAUCAGUUAUAGGGAAAGUCAUGGGGACAUCAGUUAUAGGGCCAGUCAUGGGGACAUCAGUUAUAGGGCCAGUCAUGGGGACGUCAGUUAUAGGGCCAGUCAUGGGGACGUCAGUUACGGGGCCAGUCAUGAGGACGUCAGUUAUAGGGCCAGUCAUGGGGACAUCAGUUAUAGGGCCAGUCAUGGGGACGUUAGUUACGGGGCCAGUCAUGAGGACGUCAGUUACGGGGCCAGACAUGAGGACGUCAGUUACGGGGCCAGUCAUGAGGACGUCAGUUACGGGGCCAGACAUGGGGACGUCAGUUACGGGGCUAGUCAUGAGGACGUCAGUUACGAGGCCAGACAUGGGGACGUCAGUUAUAGGGCCAGUCAUGAGGACGUCAGUUACGGGGCCAGUCAUGAGGACAGGGCCAGUCAUGGGGACGUCAGUUACGGGGCCAGUCAUGAGGACGUCAGUUAUAGGGCCAGUCAUGAGGACGUCAGUUAUAGGGCCAGUCAUGGGGACGUCAGUUACGGGGCCAGUCAUGAUGACGUUAGUUACGGGGCCAGUCAUGGGGACGUCAGUUAUAGGGCCAGUCAUGGGGACGUCAGUUACGGGGCCAGUCAUGAGGACGUCAGUUAUAAGACCAGUCAUGGGGACAUCAGUUAUAGGGCCAGUCAUGGGGACGUCAGUUACGGGGCCAGUCAUGGGGACGUCAGUUACGGGGCCAGACAUGAGGACGUCAGUUACGGGGUCAGCCAUGGGGACGUCAGUUACGGGGCCAGUCAUGAGGACGUCAGUUAUAGGGCCAGUCAUGAGGACGUCAGUUAUAGGGCCAGUCAUGGGGACGUUAGUUACGGGGCCAGUCAUGGGGACGUCAGUUACGGGGCCAGUCAUGAUGACGUUAGUUACGGGGCCAGUCAUGGGGACGUCAGUUAUAGGGCCAGUCAUGGGGACGUCAGUUACGGGGCCAGUCAUGAGGACGUCAGUUAUAGGGCCAGUCAUGGGGACAUCAGUUAUAGGGCCAGUCAUGAGGACGUCAGUAACGGGGCCAGUCAUGGGGACGUCAGUUAUAGGGCCAGUCAUGGGGACGUCAGUUAUAGGGCCAGUCAUAGGGACAUCAGUUAUAGGGCCAGUCAUGGGGACGUUAGUUACGGGGCCAGUCACGAGGACGUCAGUUACGGGGCCAGUCAUGAGGACGUCAGUUACGGGGCCAGUCAUGAGGACGUCAGUUACGGGGCCAGUCAUGGGGACGUCAGUUACGGGGCCAGUCAUGGGGACGUCAGUUACGGGGCCAGACAUGAGGACGUCAGUUACGGGGCCAGUCAUGAGGACGUCAGUUACGGGGCCAGACAUGGGGACGUCAGUUACGGGGCCAGUCAUGAGGACGUCAGUUACGGGGCCAGACAUGGGGACGUCAGUUAUAGGGCCAGUCAUGAGGACGUCAGUUAUAGGGCCAGUCAUGAGGACGUCAGUUAUAGGGCCAGUCAUGGGGACGUUAGUUACGGGGCCAGUCAUGGGGACGUCAGUUACGGGGCCAGUCAUGGGGACGUCAGUUACGGGGCCAGUCAUGGGGACGUCAGUUACGGGGCCAGUCAUGAGGACGUCAGUUAUAGGGCCAGUCAUGGGGACGUCAGUUACGGGGCCAGUCAUGAGGACGUCAGUUACGGGGCCAGUCAUGGGGACGUCAGCUACGGGGCCAGUCAUGAGGACGUCAGUUACGGGGCCAGUCAUGGGGACGUCAGUUACGGGGCCAGACAUGGGGACGUCACUUAUAGGGCCAGUCAUGAGGACGUCAGUUACGGGGCCAGUCAUAGGGACGUCAGUUACGGGGCCAGACAUGGGGACGUCAGUUAUAGGGCCAGUCAUGGGGACAUCAGUUAUGGGGCCAGUCAUGAGGACGUCAGUUACGGGGCCAGACAUGGGGACAUCAGUUAUAGGGCAAGUCAUGGGGACAUCAGUUAUAGGGCCAGUCAUGGGGACAUCAGUUAUAGGGCCAGUCAUGAGGACGUCAGUUACGGGGCCAGUCAUGCGGACGUCAGUUACGGGGCCAGACAUGGGGACAUCAGUUAUAGGGCAAGUCAUGGGGACAUCAGUUAUAGGGCAAGUCAUGGGGACAUCAGUUAUAGGGCCAGUCAUGAGGACGUCAGUUACGGGGCCAGACAUGGGGACGUCAGUUAUAGGGCCAGUCAUGAGGACGUCAGUUAUAGGGCCAGUCAUGAGGACGUCAGUUAUAGGGCCAGUCAUGGGGACGUUAGUUUCGGGGCCAGUCAUGGGGACGUCAGUUACGGAGCCAGUCAUGGGGACGUCAGUUACGGGGCCAGUCAUGAGGACGUCAGUUAUAGGGCCAGUCAUGGGGACGUCAGUUACGGGGCCAGUCAUGAGGACGUCAGUUACGGGGCCAGUCACGGGGACGUCAGUUAUAGGGCCAGUCAUGGGGACGUCAGCUACGGGGCCAGUCAUGAGGACGUCAGUUACGGGGCCAGUCAUGGGGACGUCAGUUACGGGGCCAGACAUGGGGACGUCACUUAUAGGGCCAGUCAUGAGGACGUCAGUUACGGGGCCAGUCAUAGGGACGUCAGUUACGGGGCCAGACAUGGGGACAUCUGUUAUAGGGCAAGUCAUGGGGACAUCAGUUAUAGGGCCAGUCAUGAGGACGUCAGUUACGGGGCCAGUCAUGGGAACGUCAGUUACGGGGCCAGACAUGGGGACAUCAGUUAUAGGGCAAGUCAUGGGGACAUCAGUUAUAGGGCCAGUCAUGGGGACGUCAGUUACGGGGCCAGUCAUGAGGACGUCAGUUACGGGGCCAGACAUGGGGACAUCAGUUAUAGGGCAAGUCAUGGGGACAUCAGUUAUAGGGCCAGUCAUGGGGACAUCAGUUAUAGGGCCAGUCAUGAGGACGUCAGUUACGGGGCCAGUCAUGGGAACGUCAGUUACGGGGCCAGACAUGGGGACAUCAGUUAUAGGGCAAGUCAUGGGGACAUCAGUUAUAGGGCCAGUCAUGAGGACGUCAGUUACGGGGCCAGUCACGGGGACGUCAGUUACGGGGCCAGUCAUGAGGACGUCAGUUAUAUGGUCAGUCAUGGGGAAAUCAGUUAUAGGGCCAGUCAUGGGGACGUCAGUUAUAUGGUCAGUCAUGGGGAAAUCAGUUACGGGGCCAGUCAUGAGGACGUCAGUUACGGGGCCAGUCAUGGGGACGUCAGUUAUAGGGCCAGUCAUGAGGACGUCAGUUACGGGGCCAGUCAUGAGGACGUCAGUUACGGGGCCAGUCAUGAGGACGUCAGUUACGGGGCCAGUCAUGGGGACGUUUUGGUGGCAUCACAUGACAGUGUGAUCAUAUCAAUUCCUUACACACUGUUUUCCUCAGAGGAAACGUUUUAUACCAGCAUGAACGUAGAUAGUCGUAGACACUAA